CCUAGCCGACGUUUCAGUGUCUGUGAGAGAGAGAGAGAGAGAGAGAGAGAGAGAGCCUUUGUUUUCUUGAGAGGCAAGGCAUGGGCAUUGGGCAGUGAUUGCUUUCUCUGGAAUCCUCGGCAACACGGUCAGGAGCAGUCAACGACGAGACGAUAGGGAUGACCGAUGAGAGAGUGAGUGUCUCGGAGGUGACAAACGUUCCCAUCAUAUCCUCCAUUAGUUUCUACUGAGACAUGGCCGUUUCUCCAUCUCAGAAGUCAGAAACCAGAACCCCUCCUUAACACUCUUAAGAAGAUUAUCGCUUCCCUUCUCUCUCUGCAUCAAAUUCAACUCAAUAUCCAUCUCCUUCCCCUUUUUCAAUGGCAGCGGAGCUCUCUGGUAGACGCGACUCUAAUGUCCAGUUGCUGGAAGAACUUGAGGCGCUGAGCCAAUCUCUCUACCAACCCCACACCUCCUCCACCCGAAGAACCGCUUCCCUAUCUCUUCCCCGGGUCUCUGUUCCUUCAAUCUCAUCUCCUCAUGUCACUGCCACCACCACCACCCCCCCAAAUGAGGACGAAGAACGACCCCAGCCCAGACCUCAUUCCAGACGCAUGUCCUUGUCCUACUGGUUAUCACGCCCGAAUCUCGACGAAUAUCAACAGGACAUAACUACUAAGAAAUUCAUUGAUGAUAAACGAGCUUCAUCAGAGAAGAAAGGAAUCUGGAAUUGGAAACCAAUUCGAGCUCUUUCGCACUUGGGGAUGCACAAAUUAAGCUGUUUAUUCUCUGUUGAAGUUGUAACCGUUCAAGGUCUACCGGCGUCUAUGAAUGGGCUUCGGCUUUGUGUUUGUGUCAGGAAGAAAGAGACCAGAGACAGGGCAGUGAUGACCAUGCCUGCUAGGGUUUUGGAGGGAGCAGCAGACUUCGAAGAGAGCUUGUUUGUCAGGUGCCAUCUUUACUACAGUAGCAGUGGCGGUGGGAAACAGCUCAAGUUUGAGCCACGACCUUUCUGGAUAUACGUGAUUGCUGUCGAUGCUAAGGAGCUUGAUUUUGGAAGAAGUUCUGUGGAUUUGAGUCUCCUGGUUCAGGAAUCGGUGGAGAAGAGCUUAGAAGGAACGCGUGUUCGGCAGUUGGAUGUGAGUUAUGAUCUUUCGGGGAAGGCAAAGGGAGGAGAAUUAGUCCUAAAAUUGGGAUUCCAGAUUAUGGAGGUAGACGGAGGGUUGGGAAUUUAUAGUCAGGCUGAGGGUCUGAGAUCAGGUAGAGGUAUGGAUUCCUCGUCUCGGUUUGCCCGUAAACAAUCGAAGUCUUCCUUCAGUAUUCCCAACCCAAGAAUCCCUGGCAGAAUGGAAGCAUUCACCCCAUCAAAGACCAGAAAAACAUCAGUGGAUUUUCAGGAAAUUGAUGUUUGGAAUCUUGAUGAGCCAGCUCCUGCUCCUUCGACUUCCUCUUCCAUUCAGAAAUCCGAAGAAAUGGAGCCCAAAGUUGAGGACCUUGAUCUUCCAGAUUUUGAAGUUGUGGAUAAAGGGGUUGAGAUCCAAGACAAAACUGAGAGAUCAGUUUCUAGUGAGGUGGUCAAGGAAGUUGUAAAUGAUCAAUUCCAUCUAACACGGUUAAGGGAGCUUGAUUCGAUUGCUCAACUAAUCGAAGCUCUUCAAUCCAAAGUGGGUGAUGAAAAUCUAGAUAAAACAGAGGAUGAAACAGAAUCACAAAGAUUGGAUGCAGAGGAAGAAACUGUAACAAGGGGAUUUCUUCAGAUGCUUGAGGGCGAAGAAGCUAAUGAAUUCAAACUUGAUCAACCUGACAUUCAUCUUCCCAAACUGGAAACAACUGAAGAAGCUGCAGAGGCUGAAUCCAAAGUUUUCCUUUCUGAUCUUGGAGAAGGGUUGGGCUCUGUGGUCCAGACAAGAGAUGGAGGUUAUUUAGCUGCCAUGAAUCCUUUCAAUGUUGAGGUAACAAGAAAAGAAACUCCAAAAAUUGCAAUGCAGAUUUCAAAACCAUUGAUUCUGCCAUCAUACAAAUCCAUGAGCGGGUUUGAGAUCUUACAGAGAUGGGCAGCUGUUGGAAUUGAAGAACUAAGCUCAGAAUUCUUAUCUUUAAUGCCAAUUGAUGAACUGAUGGGUAAAACAGCAGAACAGGUAGCUUUUGAAGGCAUUGCUUCUGCAAUCAUUCAAGGAAGGAACAAAGAAGGAGCUAGCUCAAGUGCAGCUCGUACCAUUGCAGCUGUAAAAUCCAUGACAACUGCCACGAGUACAGGCAGGAAAGAAAGGAUUUCGAUGGGAAUUUGGAAUGUGAAUGAGGAACCAGUGAUGGUGGAUAAGAUUCUAGCUUUCUCAAUACAAAAAAUCGAAUCAAUGGCAGUUGAAGCUCUAAAGGUUCAGGCAGACAUGGCAGACAAAGAUGCACCUUUCGAGGUUUCUCCACUUGUUGAGAAGACAGAAAUGAUCAUGGAAAAAGAACCCAGCCAUGUUUUGGCCUCUGCUGUACCACUUGAAGAUUGGUUGAAUAAUGGAGGUCUAACUACCUCCAAAGAUGAACGAGGCAAUCCAGCAACUCUCACACUAUCAGUGGUUGUCCAGCUAAGAGAUCCAAUGAGGCGGUAUGAGACAGUAGGAGGACCAUUGGUUGCACUGAUACAAGCUACACCUGUGGAUGACACAGGGUCGAAAGCUGAGGAGGAGAGAUUCAAAGUGACAAGUUUGCAUAUAGCAGGUUUGAAGGGAAGGGCAGGAGAGAAGCAAAGAUUGACUGCAAUGCAGUGGUUGGUGGCAUAUGGAUUGGGUAAGACAGGAAGGAAAGGGAAACACAUCAAACCAAAAGUGCAGCAAGAUUCACUCUGGAGCCUUUCUUCACGGAUAAUGGCAAAUAUGUGGCUGAAACCAAUGAGGAAUCCAGAUAUAAGAUUUCCCGAGCAAGAAUAGGUGUAGAACCUGCAACAUAUUUCAAUACAUAGUUCUUGUAGCUUUUGGGAGUUAGAAGUUCAUUUGUAACCAGGUGACAUUCAGAUGGACCCUUUUUUGAAUGAUCUGAACGUUAUGACUGUAUUAUCUCAAUAGAUGAAUAAAUAAAUAAAAAUGCAGAACACAUUAAAGAAUUUAGAGUUGGAUUAA